UUUUUAUUUUCACAAACGGAGCAUAGUUAGACUCUGAAUAUAUAUACUUCAUCGUACAACAGUUAAUUCAGUUUCAAUUUCGAUCGAUGAUUAAAAAAUUUGACAGGUCGGAUCGCCGGUUUCUGACUUUUCCGGCGGUUCAUCCCUGUGAGGCCAUAUCUCCGGCGACCCUUCUUGAAUCACUGAUCACUCUGUGUCGGGACAUAUGCAGUUUUCAAUCCAAAUUCUUCGCAACCCAGAAACGAAUCGCUCGCGAAACGAUUCGCCAAAUCGGAAUUCUGCUGAUUUUCUUUGAAGAAAUCCGAGACAGACUGCCCAAUUUAUCCCACUCAGUUGUCCUCUGCUUCUCCGAGCUCCACAUUUCUUUCCAAAAAAUUCUCUUCUUGUUCGAAGAUUGCACUCGCGAAGGCUCUCGGUUGUGGAUUCUAAUGAAAUGCCACUUCGUAGCGACGCAAUUUCGCGUUUUGAUUCGCUCUGUCGCGACUGCUCUUGAUGUUCUACCAUUGGGUUCGAUAGAUUUGUCAUGCGAAAUCAAAGAACUAGUCGAAUUGGUGGCGAAGCAAGCUCGAAAAGCGAAAUUGGAAGUCGACCCAGAUGAUGAAAGUGCGAUGAACAGAGUGAUUUUGAUAUUGAAUCAAUUCGAAAACAGGUUUGAACCGGACCGGAGUUUCAUCAAGCGAGUUAUCGAUUAUCUUGAGAUUCGAAGUUGGAGUGAGUGUCACAGUGAAAUCAAAUUUUUAGAUGAAGUGGUUAGUUUGGAGUGCAUGGAUAGUAAUGAGAGAGAGCUGCUCUUGUUGAGCAGUUUAAUUGGGUUCAUGAGCUACAACAGGGGAGCUCUGUUUGAAACAAGUGAAUAUCACAGAGACACUGAUCAAACAGAUGGUAAAUGUAAUCUGGAAACGCUUAGCUGCUUAAGUCUUGAAGAUUUUCGGUGUCCGAUUUCGCUCGAGCUGAUGAUUGAUCCGGUAACCGUUUCAACGGGUCAGACUUACGAUCGACCUUCGAUUCAAAAAUGGCUCAAAUCCGGAAACCUCCUCUGUCCCAAAACAGGGGAAAAAUUGACAAACACAGAGCUGGUCCCCAAUUCCACUCUCCGAAAGCUCAUUCACCAGUUCUGCGCCGAUAAUGGGAUUUCGCUUGCGAAAUCGAGAAAGAAGAAUCGUGACAUAACGAGGACGAUUGUCGCGGGUAGUCCAGUAGCCGCAGAAACUGUAAAAUUUCUCGCUGAUUUUCUCGCCAACAGACUUUACCAUGGAACAGACGAGCAGAAAAACAAGGCGGCUUUCGAGAUUCGUUUGCUCGCGAAAUCAAACAUUUUCAACCGGUCUCGCUUGGUUGAAUCUGGCACCGUGCCGCCUCUACUUGAAUUGCUUGAUUCAACUAAUCCAUCAAUCCAAGAGCAUGCAAUUGCGGCAUUGUUAAAGCUCUCUAAGCAUUCAAUUGGCAAGAAAGCGAUCAUCGAAAAUGGAGGUUUGAAUUCAAUUCUAUCGGUUCUUAAAAAGGGACUAAAGUUGGAAUCGCGACAAAUUGCAGCUGCAACGAUCUUUUAUCUGUCAUCAGUUCACGAGUAUCGAAAAUUGAUCGGUGGAACGCCCAAUGCUAUUCCAGCUUUGGUGGAGCUAAUCAAAGAAGGCACGGCAUGUGGGAAAAAGAACGCUGUGGUGGCAAUUUUCGGGCUCCUUUUAUACCAUGCCAACCGUCAUAGAGUGCUUGAAGCCGAGACAAUUCCAUUGUUAGCCGACAUUUUAGCAUCUUCAAACAAGGAUGAGCUUAUAUCAGAUUCACUGGCAGUGCUUUCAACCUUAUCAGAGAGCGUCGAAGGAUCAAUCGCAAUUCUACAAACACCAGCUUUGCCACGAGUGAUAGGCCUUUUUUUGCGAAUCUUCGGAAUCCCUCGAGCAGGGAAAGAGUACUGUCUUGUAUCCAAUUAUUUGCUGUCUCUGUGCAUCAAAUGUGGCAUCGAUGUGGUGGCUGUUUUGGCGAAAGACCCUUCGCUCAUAACUUUGCUCUAUUCGCUUCUCACCGAUGGUACUUUUCACGCGAGCAAGAAAGCGUGUUCGCUUAUCAAAAUCCUCCAUAAAUUCCAAGAAACAAGCUCUUCUGGCUUGACAACUAGUGCAGUUCCACAAGAGAGGUAUAUCCAUGUAGGCUAAACCAUCAUUUUUUUUUAUAAUUAUUUUUUUUAGUUCAUGUAUAUACAUACAUACGUAUACUAUUGUGUGCACGGUUUGAUUUUUGUUCGUGUACUGCUAGAUUUUCUUGAUGUUAGCUCGGAUUUUUUUUUCAAGAGCUACAUUCUGUAUCACAUCUUUGUAAUAUACUAUGAUUUCUGUAGUAAUAAAUAUGAGAGUUUGAAGAAAUGAAUACAUGUUUGGUUCUGUAAUGCA